AUGCAGUCUCCAAGCAAGAAAGACGAUUGCGCUGCCUGUGCCGCGCAUAUGCAUGGUGCCUGCCCAGCAGAUCGACUGCUGCGACAAAGAGCCAUGAGCCAGUCCAGGCACAUGGGCAAGAUAAGGAAAAGGCUGGAGGAUAUCAAGAACCAGUCCCCGAAGCUGACAAAAACAGAUUUCAGCCACAACGAAAGCAUAAGGUUGGCCACCGAUGCCUUCCUGGACGGUGGGACGGACUCUUACCUUGAAACUUUAAGCAAAGAGGGCGAGGUGGAUUUCCUCUCCUCGGUGGAAGCCCAGUACAUCAAGGAUAACACCAGGGAGUCCUAUUAUGCGCAGGAGUCCCUGGCCCCUGAUGGGGCGGCUGUGCCAAACCAGAACGAUGCCGGGUCACUCCCUUCAGGGACCUACUUCCCCACCAUUUCUGACAGCAAUGAGCCAGCUCUGCUGCAUACAUGGAUUACAGCGGAGAAGCCCUAUUUAAAGGAAAAAUCCACCGCCACUGUGUAUUUCCAAACAGAGAAGAACAGCAACAUCAGAGACAUCAUACGCCGGUACAUCAACAAGACCACUCAGGUGCUAGCUAUUGUGAUGGAUGUGUUCACAGACACUGAGAUUCUUUGUGACCUCCUGGAGGCAGCUAACAAGCGCAUGGUGUUUGUCUACCUGUUGCUUGAUCAUGGCAAUAUAAACCUCUUCUCGGAGAUGUGCGACAAGUUGCAAAUUGCUGAGGAUCUCUUCAAGAAUAUUUCAGUCCGCAGUGUUACUGGAGAGGUUUACUGUGCCAAAUCAGGCAGGAAAUUUUCAGGACAAAUACAAGAAAAAUUUCUUAUAUCUGACUGGAGAUACGUGCUCUCUGGAUCUUACAGCUUCACAUGGUUAUGUGGCCAGGUUCACCGCAACCUCCUCUCCAAGUUCACGGGUCAAGUUGUGGAGCUGUUUGAUGAAGAGUUCCGACACCUUUACGCGCUGUCCAAGCCAGUGAGGGGACCGAAGUCGCCACCGCGCACCAUGCCCUUCCUGUUCAGCAAGAGCUGGGCCCCUCCACGCAGCCUCCCUGACAGCAACGAGGGAAGCACUAACACUUUUCCAAUCCACCCUCUUUCCAAUCCCUUCAGCAGCCUCUCAGCUGGCAGCACCCACCAGACCAAGCAACGCCCAAGAACUCUCAUAUUCAGCAACUUCAGCCCCCAGUCACCUCUCCAUAGAGUUAAUUCCUUGCCCAGCUACGUCUCAUUCACACUCCCACCACCACAGAAGGCCAUCCAGGCUAACUACUAUCAGCCGCACUACGUGGCCGAUAACGCCACCGUUCUGUAUAACAACAUGAACAUUUACAGACCUAUAAGACUUAGACAAGAGGAACCAAACAGGACAGGGUUAAGCUCACCCUGGAGAUGCCUCCACAAAGCUAACCUGUUUGCAUAA